UUCGUUCUCCUGAAACAUCGAAGUAGUUCAUUGUUGAAGAUCUUCCUUAUCCUCGUAUGGCUUUUCUCAAUUGCUUUUGCAAAUUUGGUGCAUAACAUAACGAAUAAACAAAAUGAGAGCCAACCCAUAUCACUCUCACUUGUUAUCUUCUACUCAGCUCCAAACCCCCUCUCUCAUGGCUCUUCAUGGGCUCAAGCAGGUAUCACCAUAUUUUAAAGCCCAUAACUUAAGUUUGAGUGCAAAACUAAAUGGAGUCGUGCAGAAUGCGAAGCCCAAUAUAUGCUGUGCGAUAAAUAUGGCUUCCGGACAGUCACGUGAUCCGGAGAGGUUUAAUUUAGGCAGUAUCAUGAUCAAGGCAAGAAAAUUAUGGGACAGUUGUCCCCAGCCAGUCAAGUCCUUUCCCUGGAACAGAGCACUGCAGAACUUUGUUCAACUCAUUCUUGAUCUUUUCUUGGCUGUUGUCAAAUAUUUGAUUGUACCUUUGCUGGGUGUUUCCUGUCUCAGUGAGAUGUCCUAUUGUGCACAUGAAAAGAAGUUGUUUUUUGUCCCUGUUCCGCUGCUCAUUGGCAUGGUUAUUGCUGACAUCUUAAGAGAAACCACAUUGGAAAUAUCUCCGCUUCUCAAGGAUGCAGAAGUUCCUUGGCAUCUGAUUGCCAUUGCAAUAUUCUUCACUUUGCUCAAAUUGCCAGGUCCUUAUUAUCCAUACUGGGGACGCAUAUUUAUUCCUCACUUCGCCAAUGGGGUACUGUUGAGGACUCUGUGGUUUGCAUUUUUGUGGUAUAGGAAGCCCCAAAAGGCAUCAGAAACAAAACAACCCAACACAACACAAUGAUUCAGUAAUCGGUGACCAUUCUGAAGCAAAUAAUCUCUAAUUUUAUUGGGUGAGACUAUGUUUUACCAAUCAAGGAAGGUUAUCGGAAACUCGGGCUACUUUCAAGACUUCGAGGCUUUGAUUCAGAGAGCAAAUGACUUGCACUUUAGAUAGUGUUGAUUAAUGUUAAACUCGUUUGUGACUUCAUUAGUUCAUUUUAUAGAUUUUCAUACAUAAGGCUCUGGAAAGGCCUGGAAUUUGUAUGAUUCAGAUUACAUUGGAAUCAAAUACUUUUCAUUCACAA